CCCCCUCUUAAUUUUUAAGUCUUGACCUUCCCCAUUGUUUUCAUGAAUAAAAUAUAUUCCAUCCCACACUCCUCGCAAUUAUAUCACACUCACUAGCUCGCCAUUUUUCUAAAUAAAUAAAAAAAAACACAUUCAACCAAAAUGACUCGGCUUUUCCGAUCCAAAUCUUGCGGACUCGUCGGACUCACCGAGUCCAACUCUGCCCCCCCUCCAUCUCCCUUCUUUCACCGAAACGGCACUGAAGACGGAGAAGAGGACGAGGACGAGGAUGAUGAAGAAGAAUUAUAUAGUGAUGCUUCUGGAAACCCGAUAUCAACGCCGUUUAUUGGGUCGAGAGAAGGAACGGGAGGGAGUGAGAGAGGUCGAAACGGAAAUAGCAAUAAAGAGUUCGCAAUUCUAGAUGUUUUGGUAACGGCGUUAAGGAAGUCGUUGGUGACAUGCAGCGUGGAAAGAGAGGAUGUUUCUUCCAUGGAUAUAAGCUGGCCUACUGAAGUUAGGCACGUGUCUCACGUGACUUUUGAUAGGUUUAAUGGUUUCCUUGGUUUGCCUACUGAGUUUGAGCCUGAGGUUCCUUGCAAGGUCCCUAGCGCCAGUGCAAAUGUAUUUGGAGUUUCUGCCAAGUCGAUGCAAUGUUCUCAUGAUGACAAAGGGAACAGUGUGCCGACUAUUCUUCUAAUGAUGCAAGAGCGUUUAUAUAUAGAAGGAGGACUUAAGGCAGAAGGGAUUUUCCGAAUAAAUGCUGAGAAUGGUCGGGAGGAGUAUGUCAGAAACCAGCUAAACAAAGGUGUAGUGCCUCGUGGAAUUGAAGUCCAUUGCUUGGCAGGUUUAAUAAAGGCAUGGUUUAGAGAACUACCGUCUGGGGUGCUCGAUUCUAUCACACCAGAACAGGUAAUGCACUGCAACACAGAAGAUGACUGCACUCAACUUGUGAAGCAACUUCCUCUGACAGAAGCUGCACUAUUUGAUUGGGCAAUCAAUUUGAUGGCAGAUGUCGUGGAGCACGAACAGUAUAACAAGAUGAAUGCACGCAACAUUGCUAUGGUUUUUGCACCCAACAUGACGCAGAUGGCUGAUCCUUUGACCGCAUUGAUACAUGCCGUGCAAGUAAUGAACUUGCUCAAGACAUUGAUCUUAAAAACACUCCGGGAAAGAGAGGAAUCCAGUGCAAAGCUUAGGUUGCUCUCGACAUGCUCAGAUUCCCCAGGCGACAAGAGUGAAUCGGCCUGUCAUUCAAACUUAAACAGCAAAGAACUCUGUAAAAUAUCACUCAACGCUGGUGCACCUGAGAUACCUUCCACUGGUUUUGACAGAAGUUUAAGGAAAAUUAUGCAGGUUUGACAUCAACAGCUGUCUGAAUCUAAUGUGAUGGGAUUUCAAGGCCUAGAAGAGAUGAUAAUGCCGCCGAAUAUUAGAGAGAAAUCACUAACUAGAUGGUUUGCCGAGGCAGAAUGUCUAGUGUAUUGAAAACGGACUGUUCUCCUCUAUUUAGCUUCGUUUUAGGCCAGGAAGGUGGAAGACUGCUCAAAAGAAUUUGGAAGGAUAAGCUAAUUCAAUUUCCUUGUGGUUUGGAUUGAAUAAUAAGGACGUCGUCACCCCAAAUGUGAUCUAGUUUUCUGUAUGUGUAUACCUUAAACUGUACUGACACAAGUUAUUGCAAUAGUCAAAGUUUUAGGAGCAACACAAGGAGAAACUUGUUUUCCAUUCAUCGUAGUUUAGUGGCAAGUAAGAAAGAGGAUUUGAAGUGAGCAGGAAGCCAGGAUACAUGUAACACAAGCAAGUCUGGUCCAGAAACAGUAGAUGCUGGCAGAAAAGCAGGUCCGAAAAUUCACAUCCUGAAAAGCUCCCAGUUACCUGGCAUUGGAUUUGCAACGUCAUUUUCCAUGGAAGUUGAUCGAUAUCGUGUAAUCAAAACCACCUCAUCUGGGGAGAAACCUGACUGUCUUAAGAUAUGAUUAGGAAAGAACCUCGGUCUUCCAUGCGCUUGAGCCCGGUCAUGUAGUCGCAGCAGGCAUUUUCUACAACGCUAUAGCUAUAAAAAAGGACAUUUUCGUUAAA